CGCCGCUUAUUAGUAAUAGAUGUGAUUUCUGCGGGAGACAGAGGGGUGUACGGAGGCCUCGGUGAUUAAUAGUGAAUUCCCAUCUGCGGGCAUCUCUCUGCCCCUCUUGCGUGAUGUAAGAUCAGACGUACCCCUGCAUCGAAAAGUCCAGACAUACAGCGCCUGGCUGGCGCUCGCACACUCUCCGCAGGCGCGCUUCUGCACACCUUCCACAACCUGCUCCUGGCAGAGCAAGGAGGACUGGCUGGACCCACCGACCCAAGAAUUUCCAGUGACAUUCGUAAAUGACGCGGCUGUGUUUCAGGCUGCCAGCAGCCGCGGCCGGGCCGAGGGUGCCACCGACCAGUCUGCAGCACAGGCUCACCGGGAAGAUCACCAUGUCCCAAUUGCUUCUCGCCAUCCUCACUCUCUCGGGAUUAUUGCCUAAUGCCAAGGUGCUGACUGUGGGAGCCGACCAAGAUCAGCAGUCUUGUGACCCUGGUGAAUUUCUUUGCCAUGACCAUGUGACUUGUGUCUCCCAGAGUUGGGUGUGUGAUGGGGACCCUGACUGCCCGGAUGAGUCAGAUGAGUCUUUAGUCACCUGUGAGUAA